AUGACGACAGACACUACCACCUAUAAGCUCAACCACACCAUGCUUCGGGUCAAGGACCCCAAGCGAUCACUGGAAUUCUACAAAUUCAUCGGACUGAGUGAGAUCUUCAAGAUGGAUUUUGCCGAAUGGAAAUUCACCAACUACUUCCUUGGUUAUACUGGUCCUGCAUCUCUCCAGGGCAGUGACCGCCACUUCACGGACCGCAAUGCCUUGAUAGAGCUCACCCACAACUACGGCACGGAGAAAGAUCCCAACUACAGCGUCGUCAAUGGCAACACCGAGCCAUAUCGGGGCUUUGGUCACAUCUGUAUCUCAGUGGAUAACAUCGAGGCUGCCUGCCAGCGCCUCGAAGAUGCCGGAUAUCCCUUCCAGAAGAAGCUGAGUGACGGUCGCAUGAAGCACAUUGCCUUCGCCAAGGAUCCAGAUGGAUACUGGGUUGAAAUCAUCAGUCGUGCUGAUGAGGCCCUGUCUACCUCUACUGACCCCGGAAGCUACCGUCUCAACCACACCAUGCUGCGUGUCAAGGAUGCCGAGAAGAGUUUGAAGUAUUACCAAGAGAAGCUUGGUAUGACCUUGGUCCGUACCAGCGUGAAUGAGGCCAACAAGUUCAACUUGUACUUUUUGGGCUACCCCCGAGCCAACCCCAAGAUUCAGGAAGGUGUCCGCAAUGGUGUUGCUGAGUGGGAAGGCCUGCUGGAACUUACGUGGAACUAUGGAACGGAGAAGGAGGAAGGCCCGGUCUACCACAAUGGUAACGCCGAGCCUCAGGGCUUUGGCCAUAUCUGUAUCACUGUGGAUGACCUUGAUGCGGCUUGCGAACGCUUCGAGUCCAUUGGUGUCGAGUUUAAAAAGCGUCUGACUGAUGGCCUGAUGAAAGACGUUGCCUUCCUGUUGGACCCAGACGGAUACUGGAUUGAGGUUCUUCAGAACGAGACACUGAAGCCUAGAUCUAAGUGGUAA